UCUCGCAGGUGAGACAGGAGGCAAGAGUAAACUGCUUGUAUUGGUUUUUUUUCUAGGUCCUACAGCCCCUGGCCAGAGCUUGCAGAAGGAGACGGAAAACUGCGGCUUCCCAGGAAGCUUGUGGCUCAGCGUGGCGGCUCCUGCACCCACAGAACUGGAGCAAAAUAUCCGAAAGCACCUCACCUCCUCCUCGGAGCCCAUCCUGGACAUCAAAACAGAAGCUGCAGCUGUCCUUCCAGUGGCUGGAGCUUCAGUGAGCACUGUUGAGAUCCGUCCACUGGCAGCCAUGGAGUGUGCUCCUGUCGCUGCUGUGGAGAGCUCCCCCAUCGUCACAACUGUGAGCGCCCCCGUAACAACACAAGGGGCAUGCCGAAGCCCAGAGGCCUGCAAGGAUCCGAGCUCUGAUUUAUCCACCGGGGGCUGCUGUGACCCAGAUAUGGUCCUGCCUCCUCCACCUGAUAAAGGCCCCCCUUCAGAAGCGGGAUCUUUGGCCUCCCUGCCCUGGCCAGAAGCCCCGGAAGAGUGUGGCCCCCAGAGACCCAACACCUUGGACCUUUCCAAGCCCCUCAAGAAGCUGGAAGAGGUCAAGCAGGCAGGGCAGAGGAGGAACAGUGACCACACCAGCAUCAAGGAGAACGGGUUCGAGAGCUGCCCGGCGGCAGUACCACGCGUCAGUGAGGAGAGGAGAGCUCUCCAGUCCGAGCUGGGGAAAUGCAUUGCAGACUUCCAGAAGAUCAAGAUCCCGGUCUCUUUCCCCAACAAGAAGCGCCAGUGGCAACAUGAGCUGCUGAAGAAAUACCAGCUCUGAGGGAUGGAGAACUUCCUGGAGCUGAGAUAUGUCCCACUGAGGGGGUGGGCCGAGGGUCUCCAGCAUGCCCUCCGAGCACCCUGGCCCUUUGCCUCUGAGCAGGGUGAGGGGAAAGAGGGACUCAAAGGGGCAGCCAUGGUGGACUCAGUUGACUUGGAGAUGCAGGGCCCCCUUUGGACUGAAGGGAAUCCUGGGGGGAACUCAUUGGGGCUUCUUUGGGGGGCAUCUGGUUGUCACUGUAGGAUGAAGCUGGAAAUGCAAAUGAGCACCACGCCACCCCGUUUGAUCCAG